ACGCGACCGCGAACAACUCGCGCGGCUCUCAACCCUUCUCACUCCCCCGUCGUCGGUGCGUGUCGUUCGUCCUUCGUCUCGCGCGGACUCGUCUCGGGUACCCCAGGUCAUGUCGGGCGAGGAGUACGAAGUCGAGGCGAUCCAUCGUGCCACAGUCCUCAUAGGAAAGCAGAGGAGGAAAACAUGGAGCUACUAUGUAAAGUGGAAGAAUUAUGGCCCAGCAGACAACACUUGGGAGCCACCGGACUCGUUCCGAGGUGGCUCAGAACACUUCAUCCAGAACUUUUGGACUCGCGCCAACACCGAUGGGCGAGAUUGGCAAGAUCUCUCAAUGUUUAAGGCGGGUGAAGAGUUCUUUCCACAGGGCCCUCCUCGUGGCGUCAAAGCCAGACCGAAAAAGGCCCAGGAAACCACAGAGGCCUAUUCGGACCAGCCUCUAGAUCGUUGAAUGGUCGGAAAACGAGGUGAAGUCCAUAAUUGCCGACGACGACGACGACGACGACGGACCGAAGAGGAAGCGUCGUCCAUCAGAGGUACUAGAC